UUUAAGCUUUCUCGCGAGGUUAUGACGCAAAACGCGGAAAGUAUUUAUGUUAGCAACAGAACAAGCUAACUGUCCCUCGCUUCGGUCUUAUUUUUAGCAUUAUAUCGGGUCUUUUCUAAUUAUUUUUGUUGGUUGCAAUGGGGAAAGCAGAUUUUCUCUCCCCGAAGGCGAUAAGCAACCGGAUAAAGUCCAAAGGUCUCCAGAAAUUGAGAUGGUAUUGUCAGAUGUGUCAAAAACAAUGCAGAGACGAGAAUGGCUUCAAAUGUCACUGCAUGUCCGAGUCCCACCAGAGGCAGCUGCUGCUGGCCUCAGAGGACCCGACCAAGUUCAUGGACUUCUUCUCAAAUGAGUUCAAAAACGAGUUCCUGGAGCUGCUCAGUAGACGUUUUGGGACCAAGCGAGUUCACAACAACAUCGUCUACAAUGAGUACAUCAGUGACCGAGAGCACAUCCACAUGAACUCCACACAGUGGGAGACUCUCACCGACUUCACCAAGUGGCUGGGCAGAGAAGGUUUCUGUAAGGUCGAUGAGACCCCAAAAGGCUGGUACGUCCAGUACAUCGACCGCGACCCGGAGACCAUCCGCCGCCAAGAGGAGCAGGCGAAGAAGAAGAAGCAGGACCUUGACGACGAGGAGAGGAGCGCCAAGUUCAUCGAGGAGCAGGUCCGCAGAGGCCGCGGCGGCAAGGAGGAGGACGAAACUCCAGUUUUCACAGAGCUGAAACGAGAGAAUGAAGAAGAAAAAGUUGCUUUCAACCUGGGUGCUUCUUCAUCAGUGGCCCGUCCUUCCACGUCAAGCUCUGCUCUGGGUGCUAGCGCUCUUAAAUCGGCAUCAUCAUCCUCAGCCAAGAGGAAAGAAAUGUCCUCCAGUUCAGACUCCAGGGAGAAGAAGAGGAAGUCUGCCCUGGAGGAGAUCAUAGAGAUGGAGGAAAAGAAGAAGCAGCAGCAGCAGCAGUCGAUCAGGACAGAUAACUGGCUGCAGCCCAACAUCGUGGUCAAAGUCAUCACCAAGAGGCUGGGAGAGAAGUAUCACAAGAAGAAGGCUGUCAUCGUGGAGGUGCGAGACAAAUAUGCAGCGGUUGUGAAGAUGAUCGACUCCGGAGACAAACUGAAACUGGACCAGAAUCACGUUGAAACGGUCAUACCUGCACCAGGUAAACCGGUUCUGAUCCUGAAUGGCCCCCACAGAGACACGGAGGCCGUGUUGGAGGGGAUAGACGAAAAAAAUUUCUGCGCCACGCUCACACUCAACUCUGGUCAACAGAAAGGGAGAAGAGUGAACGUCGCCUACGAGGAUUUCUCCAAACUGGCCUGAACCAGCGAUCUCCCCGUUCUAACCUCAGGACUCUACUGUGUCAGAGUUAAUUCCCUGAGAUUCACCUGUACAUACAUAUAUCCCACAAUCCCACAAUGCAUUUCCAGCGAGGUAUCACAGACAAAAAAAACCUUAGAAGCAAUGUGUUCAAUUUGUUUUUAUUUUGUAUCGAUACUCAGGUUGAUCCUAACGUUGCAGAUGUAAUAAAUGUGUGAAUAAAUUCAACAAAACAGA